AUGCUGUCCUUUAUCCUCAUCCAGAACCGACAGGGCAAGACGCGGCUCGCCAAGUGGUACGCCCCCUACAGCGACGAGCAAAAGAUCAAGCUCAAGGGCGAGGUCCACCGGCUCGUCGCCCCGCGCGACCAAAAGUACCAGUCCAACUUUGUCGAGUUCCGCAACAACAAGAUCGUCUACCGCCGCUACGCGGGGCUCUUCUUCUGCGCCUGCGUCGACACAAACGACAACGAGCUCGCCUACCUCGAGGCCAUACACUUCUUCGUCGAGGUCCUCGACGCCUUCUUCGGCAACGUCUGCGAGCUCGACCUCGUCUUCAACUUCUACAAGGUCUACGCCAUCCUCGACGAGGUGUUCCUCGCCGGCGAGAUUGAGGAGACGAGCAAGCAGGUCGUCCUGACGCGCCUGGAGCACCUCGACAAGCUCGAGUAG